AUGAGGGUAAUACUACAAUACUACAAGCUGACUCUAAAACAGAUCUGUUCGUGCGGACGUUUACUCAAUGGAAAGAUCGCCGCGCAGAAGCUACGUGACGCUAUUGCGAAUAGCAAGCGACGAACCGUCCUCCCCUCUCCCCCCGCACGCUGCCCCUCCACCCCGUGCGGCACACUUCGCUUGGCGCAUCCAGCUCCCGCUGUGCUCGUAUCUUAUUUGUCUGCGUCUAGCCCCCGCAGCUAUCGGCGGCCGUCGCGUCGCCUCCGCCUGUUUGGCCAGCCGCCGCACGCCGGUGCACCAGCGAUAGCCUGCCUCUACCUACUCGGCCCACUUUCGGUGCGCGUGCGUCUCACGGUGGAUCCAUCGGUA